AACAUUACUUGACCCACGGUUUUGCCAUGGAUUUUUUGGGCGCGCUACCUUUUUACUUGAUCCAACAGCAUUCUGUAGAAAAUUCUGCGGGCGAGAAACUAAUCAGUUCUCGCGGCCACGAAAUCUCCCGUUUGAAUAAAGUUAUACAGCUCUACAGGUGCGUUCCAAUGUCACGAGUUACUUUGUUCCCUUAGGAUCAUACGACGAACGUUUCAUUUCUCCUCAGACUUCCGUCGUCGCUGCUUUUAUACGAAGAAAAUUUGGCUAGACCAUUGUUUGUGCUGAAUUUUUUUAAAUUCCUCCCCAUCGCCUUCAUAUUUAUCAACGUCUUAGCAACUCUCGCGAUGGCGUUGACUUGCACUUAUUGGCAACGUCCAGACGGCACAAUUUACGUAAAAUACAGUAAAAUAUCUUGGAUCGGUAGUAGUGAGAACAUGUUCUAUUUUUCGAUGCAAAAUUCGAUCUAUUUAUACAUCACAGCAGUAUAUUGGAUAGUUUCAACUUCUUAUUGCGUUGGAUUUGGAGAUCUCACCGCACACGUAAGAAAUUAAGUGUUAGGAAAAUAAUUCAUAGCAAUCAUCGUUUGAGAAUUAUUUUCAAUUAUUGAAAAUAGGUUGACGAGGAGAUAAUGUACACGGUAAUGGUGAUUAUCCUCGGUUACCUAAUGUUCACUUAUAUAAUCGUGGUGAUAUCAAGCGGCAAAGCGAACGUAAACCGAAAUUUGAUGCUGUACCAAGAACGAAUGCGACAUUUGGUCGCAUUUAUGAAGUUGGAACGCAUACCAGGCGUCACACAAGAUAAGGCAAUAAAACAUUUUGAGCACAUGUGGCUAAAAACACAUGGCAUAGAGGCUCAUGAUAUUUUUCACAAGUUUCAUCACGCGUUACGUCAAGAUGUGAUGCUCCAAUUGUACGAAAACACCCUUUCGGUCGUACCCGCUUUUAGCGGAGUAGAAAAGGGAUUUACAAGGCAGCUGGCGACUAAUUUACAAAUACUGUAUUUCUUAAAAGGAAACAAAAUUGUUAAAAAAAAUAACAUAGUAUCCCACAUUUACAUAGUGCAUCGUGGAGUCGUUGACGUUAUUGGUCCCGAUGGCACGAGAUUUUGUAAAUUACAGAAAGGUAGCAUGUUCGGAAAUAUUGAUAACAGUCCAGCCAACAGGUACAUGAUGACCAUUGUAGCCGCUAAGCAUGUCGACACACUGGUCAUACCGACAACGACUUUUUACGAAUUAGCACGAGGUUACCCAUCCGUGAGAAAAGAAUUGAAAACUUGCGUUUUACGAAACGUAGGAUACGUUCCACGUUUUGCCGACGAAGAAGUUCGAACAACGAGAAAGAAGUUUUACAAAAGGGCUUUAUUUCCGGUCAACUACCAAAAAAUUUCGGUGCUGAAAGUACCGAUCGCUUACCUGACCAGUCUUCUGACUUGCUAUCAAUUUUCAUUCACCUCCGAAUUUAUACCCUGGAUAUUUUUCGCCGGACUCGCUCUGGACGGGGUGAUUUUCGGCGUAUUAUUCAUGUCUUACAAUAUGGAAUACUACGACGACAGCGGCGAUAUCGUUGACGACAUUACCUUGAUACGUUCUCGAGAACUACAAGAGUUACAAUUUUAUCUAGACGCAUUGAGCAUUCUUCCCAUAGAAUUAUUUUGCCUUUUCACAACUAAUAAUCGCAUGUUUUGGCACAACCUUCUCCACUUGAAUCGUCUGUUACGUGCGAGACACUUGUAUCUUUUCUUCACAAAAAAAUAUGAAAAAUUGAAUGUGAAUAUGUUAGCCACAAAACUCACCAGUAUGAUCAGCAGCUUUACCUUACUUCUGCACGUGUUGGCGUGCAGCUGGUAUUUGAUCGGUUGUCACAUGGAAUGCUCUCCAGAAUCCUGGAUGAUCAAGGCGAACUGUCAGCAUUCGUACAUCUGUUCUAUUUACUUCAUUGUUUCUCUGAUAACGACCACAGGAUUUGGAGAUAUACGACCAGCGACAAUUAACGAAAUAAUAUUUUGCUCAAUCACUUCAGUCGCUAUGGUCGCUAUUGUUGCCAUGUUUAUGGGAGACGUCUCCAACGUGGUACAGAAUUAUUCGUACACUCUCUCAAAAUAUGACACGGCAAUGUCGAUCAUGCGAGAUUAUCUGAAGGACGGUCAGAUAUCCUAUCCUUUGAUCGAAAAAGCACUGGGAUAUGCAAAGAAUUUAUGGCUCCGCGAAAGAGGAAGCAGUCAGCCAGCUCUAUUAGCGGAGGCUCCAACAUCCAUUAACGAAGAAAUAAUGGUAGCCGCGUAUGGUAGACACCUUUUUGAGGCAGGUCCAUUUUUUGAGCAGAAAUUUAAUUGA